AUGGAUAACGACUUAUUAAAGGCCAAAGCUGAGCGUUCGGUAUCAGCCGAUUCUGCGCCAGCUUAUGGCGAAACUGCAACAAGACGAAGUAGUCUAAAACAGCGAGUGUGGGAAAGCUUUCGAAGAGACCCAAAUGCCCAUGUUACCGCUGUUGCACCCUUCCUAGAGGGCAAAAGCUAUGACAUCGAAAAUGCCGCAGAGAGCGCUGCUAGUUCUCCGUUGCAUCGUAGCCUCAGGGGUCGUCAUCUGCAAAUGAUUGCGAUUGGAGGUUCCAUCGGCACUGGCCUUUUUGUCGGUUCCGGAAGGGUCCUUGCUACUGGUGGCCCGGCUUCGCUCCUCAUCUCCUAUGCACUAACUGGAUGCAUGAUCUACUGCACUGUACAAGCGCUGGGGGAGAUGGCCGUUAUUUUCCCGGUGGCUGGUUCGUUCGCGCACUACUCGACUCGGUUUAUUGAUCCUGCGUGGGGAUUUGCCAUGGGUUGGAAUUAUGCUCUACAAUGGCUUGCCAUUUUGCCUUUAGAAAUUGUCGCCGCGUCUAUCACUGUUGACUACUGGGAGUCAAAUAUAUCGAACGCCGUAUGGGUAGCGCUGUUUUGGGCAGCAAUUGUCUCCAUUAAUCUUUUUGGCGUCAAGGGCUAUGGCGAAGCAGAGUUUGUAUUCUCAUCCAUCAAGGUCAUCGCCGUGAUUGCUUUCGUUAUACUAGGAAUCAUAUUAAAUUGUGCCGGAGGCCCAGGUGGGAGCUAUUUGGGUGGCAGAUAUUGGCACGACCCGGGUGCGUUCAAUCAUGGUUUCAAGGGCUUGUGUGAUGUCUUUGUGAAUGCUGGAUUUGCAUUUGCAGGGACUGAGUUAGUUGGCCUUGCCGCAGCCGAAACCGCAAACCCUAGGAAAUCUUUACCCACUGCUGUCAAACAGGUUUUCUGGCGCAUCACGCUUUUUUACAUUGUUUCGCUCACACUGGUCGGUCUUCUAAUCCCCUACGAUAACCCCCGGCUCAUAAACGGGACCUCCUCUGUCGACGCCAAGGCAUCCCCCUUCGUGAUUUCUAUCAAAAAUGCUGGAGUGGAAGUCCUAGACUCUGUGAUGAAUGUUGUGAUUAUGAUUGCCGUUCUUUCUGUCGGGAACUCAGCUGUGUAUGGCUCCUCGCGGACCCUUGCGGCGCUUGCAGAGCAGCAACAAGCCCCUCGAUUCUUAGCUUAUAUUGACCGGAAGGGCCGCCCUUUGUGGGCCAUCGGUAUUGCCUCUGCCCUUGGCCUACUAGGGUUCUUAGCCGCAAGUGGUCAACAAGAGGCCGCCUUUGAAUGGAUGAUAGCGAUUUCUGGUCUUUCAUCUAUAUUUACUUGGGGUUCAAUCUGUCUAGCGCACAUACGCUUUCGCCGCGCGUGGAGAGUACAAGGUCACAACUUGAACGACCUGGCUUUCCGCUCGCAGCCGGGGAUAAUGGGCUCAUGGAUAGGCCUCAUCUUUAAUUGCCUGAUUCUGAUAGCCCAGUUUUGGGUCGGCUUCUCACCCAUUCACCAUGAAACCAUGUCGACUUCUAUGCUGGUCAGCAACUUCUUUUCGAAGUACCUCGCGGCGCCGGUUGUCCUUCUCUUCUACAUUCCCUAUAAGCUACGAUUCAAAACCAAGAUCCUCCGGUCGAAAGACAUGGAUUUGCGCACGGGUCGGCGGGAAUUAAACGUCCAGUGGCUCAUUAAAGAAGAACGAGCCCAGCAAGCAGCAUGGCCCGCGUGGAAGAAACUUUACAAAUUUUUCUGCUAA